AUGUUUGACCUUUCACAACAAAUUACCGCCGCAUACUACCCGGGCAAAAGUCCCGUCCCGGGCAACCGGAGUCAGACCACUGGUCCGGAAAAGGGGACUGAGGCAAAGUCACAUGCGUUAUGGAUGUCAUAUCCGGCCAGAAAACGUUGUGCUGUGCUUGCUAUUCUGUUCCCUUUGGACGAGACUGGUAGUGACUAUGGCGUGGUUCUCACUCAGCGGUCUCCAGCACUUCGCACGUCGCCUUCGGUUUCAGCGUUCCCGGGUGGACGGCUCGAUGCAGCAGAUAAUAAUGACGAGUGGGCGUGUGCCUUGCGCGAAGCUCAUGAGGAGAUUGGUUUCGACCCGGCUAAUGUGCCAGGCUUCGAGCGGCUCGCCAUCUCACCAUGUUACCUGUCUCUGGGUAAUGAUGCUGUUCGUAUGUGUAUCUGUAAAGCCACACCUAAAGUUGAUCUUAUAGUGGCUAAUAAUGAACCUGAUGCUAUAUCAACUGCUCAUAAGGUUGGUCCUGAAACUGGAAAAGGUGAGGAAAUUUCGGUAGAAAAAGUUUCGCCAAAAGAGCCAGCCUUUCUUAAGCAUCUGGCCCCAAAACCCUCACCCACAGAAGUAGCAGUGGCUUACGCCGUGCCACUUUCUUGCAUCCUAACAAACAAAUGGUAUGUUCGUGGCACACCUAUGCUCGUGGCUGGACACCCAUGGAUAUUCCAUAAAUACCGGGUCCCAGUUGGCGAUGUUUUGGGGUUGGUAAGAUCCCAUGCAGUGACUCCAGCCGAAAUCAAUUCCGCUUAUCAAGAUAGUGACGAGGAAAUUGAAGAAGAGAUGCGACAACAGGCCUCUGCACCGGAACCCACCGAAGAAGUUCCCCAGUGGACCACCCGGACUCCAACCUCACUGAAAUACACACCGGGUGAAAAGGCGAUUCCUUUGCACGGCCUUACCUCGCACAUGGUGGUGGAUCUUGCACGUGCACUCCACCCAGGGCAAAAGGUUUUAUUUGAAGUGUUGCCCCAGCUGGGAUCUGAUGAGAUUGUGAGCCAAUACCACGCCGAAACCUAUGGGCCCAACAAUUCAGGCUCUUCGUUGUAA